AUGAAUGUUCAUCCACAAGACGAUAAUAUUGAAUUUGUGGACACCCCUUCCCCUUCACUUAUGUGUCCUGUGUGUCAUGAUGUAUGCCGCGAGCCACUUAUCACUACUGUGUGUAAUCAUUCCUUUUGUGGGGCGUGUAUCUUUCAAAGCUUGGAAAUUGAACCAUAUUGUCCAUUAUGUCGAACUCGAAUAAAAGUAGACGAUCUUCAUCCUAAUUUAGCUUUAGGCAGUUUGAUCCAAGAACUUCCGGUUCAUUGUAGCAACAAAAAAUAUGGUUGUCCUACAUCUGUGCGUCUCGAUUCUCAUCAGCAUCAUUUGAUGUAUUGCACUUAUUCCCCGGCGUUCUGCAAAAAUUCAAAAUAUGGAUGUGAUUUCAAGGGAACUACGAAAACCACCCAAGAACACCUUGAACAAUGUGUAUAUGAAAAAUUUAAAGAAUAUAUUGAAAGUAAUAAUGAUAGAAUUGCAAAGUUGGAAAAGAAAAUCGAGGAGCAACAAAGCGAAUUAGUAAAACUACAAAAAAUUGUUAAACCAUCACGGAUAAAGCAUACGUCGACGAAUGAUCUGGUUAAUGGUAACGGAGAUCAUAAUUUUUCGCCUGAAGAGGAAGAAUCUGAAUUUACUUUUCCUCGUGGAGAUAUUGUAUGCUGCCGUACAAUAUCACAACAUACCUGUGGUGUAACUUCGCUUGCAUAUAAUGAUGGUUUGAUUUUUGCAGGGGCUUACGAUGGCUCUACAAAGAUCUUCCGGGAACAGACCGGAGAAUUGAUAAAAAAUUUACAUGACCAUGAGAUGUCAGUUUGGGCUUUGGCAGUUCAUGUUGAAAGCGAACGAUUUUUUAGUGCAGGCUCUGAUGGUACAAUUAAAGUUUGGGAUUGGAAAGCGGACACAUCCAGUUGUAUUAGGACUUUAACUAAACAUUCUGGGAAAAUAUAUGGAUUAGUUGUUAACAAUAAUAGGCUUUAUUCUGCUUCGUCCGACAAGACUAUAAAAGUAUGGGAUCCGGUUACAUUAGAGAAUCUAGCCACAUUCACUGGACACACAGAUGGUGUCAACAAUUUGAUCGCAAUGGAAAAUGGAAAAUUGGCGACUGCUGGCAGUGAUAGUAGCGUUAAGAUAUGGGAUGUAGCAUCAGGCAAAUGUUUGCAUACCAUUUCAUCACAUUCAUCAGAAGUAUUAGACGUAACGGCUGGUGACAAUAUGCUAUUUGCUUCCACCUAUGAUGCGGUCAUACAUGCUUACAAUCUUAAUGAUUACACUCCCGUUGCUACUUUAUCUGGUCAUAAUUGGGAGGUAUGGCAAUUGGAAUAUACGAAUGGAUCUCUGUUUAGUGCAAGUUUUGAUCAUACAAUCAAACGCUGGAAUAUGAGGAAUCAAAUGAUGGCAUGUGAUUUAACUUUAAAAGGACAUCAAGGAUUUGUGCACGCAAUGACGCUUGGAAAUUGUAAUUUAAUAACGGGAUGUGCUGAUCGUACUAUUAAGAUUUGGCGGUAA